AUGAUUCACGAAGCACUGGGUCGUCGCCCUUUAGGGUUAAUUGCCACAAGCUGGGGGGGUACACCUAUUGAGGUGUGGACCCCACCACAGGUUUUGAUUGAUUGUGGAAUAACGACUCCACAAUCUGUUAACGUUGAACCUUAUGGUCCAAAUUUUACACCAAUAAAAUUAAGCAAUUCCAAUUUAUGGAAUGCCAUGAUCUAUCCAUUUACAAGAAUGGUAGUCACUGGUGCAAUUUGGUAUCAAGGUGAAUCAAAUGCUGGCUAUAAUCAAAAUAAAUACGUCUGCACAUUUUCAAAAAUGAUUCAAGCAUGGCGAGCAACAUGGAAUAGUCGAACCCAGGGAAUAACAAAUCCCACAUUUCCGUUUGGUUUCGUUCAACUUAGUACAAACGAAAACACCGGCACAGUUGUCGGAGGUUUUCCCUUGAUCAGAUGGCAUCAGACAUUUGAUUACGGGUAUGUUCCAAAUGAUUAUUUGGCAAAUGUGUUCAUGGGCGUUGCAAUGGACUUACGAGACGAUCCUAAUAAUAUUCAUCCUCGAACAAAGCAAGAUGUAGGAUAUCGACUUAGUCGAGCUGGACUUGCUGUUGCUUAUGGUCAAGCUAUUGAGUAUACUGGCCCAAUUGUGGACAAAGUGCAAGUGAAUAGUGCUACCAUAGAUAUAACGUACAAAAGUGUUACAGGAAUUGAACUACGAAGCACAGUCGGAUUUGAGAUUUGCUGUGAGGGUGCAUCUUGUACGAACGAUAAUGUAUGGGUUCCAAGUCCAGCAUCGUCAACCGGUGCCUUAAGUAUUGCAUUAACCAUACCUAGUUCAUGUACAUCAAAACCAGUAUAUGGCUUACGAUAUUUAUGGCGAGAAACACCAUGUCCAUUUAAACUGGCAGCAAUUUAUAGUUCAACAGAUGCGAAUCUUCCUGCAGCACCGUACAUCAAAAUUUUUUGAACGAUAAAUAUUAUGUAUUUAAUUAAAUUACUUUCGAACAUACGUUUAGUUGUUAGUUUGAAUAAACGGACACCCCGUACGUGGAACAAAAUGUCAUACUUUCAGUCAGCUUCUUCGACGAAUUUAACUUCUUUAUGGUAAUCUUCACGGUAACAGGAAAAAUAGCAGUGAAAAGCUACACAAAAUCCAAUUCAAAGUAUUUUAAACUGUUUGAUUGUACUUUUUACUUAUCAAUGAAAAGUACUUCGACUACAAUGAUCAUUCAUUAUGCAAAAUUUCGUUGAUGAGUCGGUCUGUCUGUGUUUUAGGCAGAUUCUCUGUAUACUAGCUUCACAGCUUGGCUGAGUAAUUUGCGAAUAGUUUAGAAACCUGCACAUUCAAAUACACAGCGAGAAAAAAAUGUGCAAGAAGAAUGAUGAGGCGACAGAUAGAAAAACACUGCUUCUGUAUUUUAGAAUGCAUCAGUGUUUUCGUCUAAAUUUUCUCUUUUUAGCCGUUUCAGAGUUUUCGGAGAUGUUCUACUGGAGAGUUUGGUCUUAUAGAUUGCGAGCUAGAGUCCUGUAGGUUACGACUUUUUGACAACCCAUAACCUAAUCGAUAAAAAUUUCCACAACCUAAAUCUAACCUAACCUACCAAAUUCGUAACAUAAACCUAACCUAACCUAGAUUAUAACCUAUGCAUUUUUUUCUCAAAACCUGGUUUCAGAAGCCUAAACUUCAGCUUUAUUCCACAUUGUUAUUGUAUCUUAUUUAAACAAUGUCUGACAGAAGAAAAAAAGCUUUUAGAAAAUAAAGAUUAUGUAUAUAAAAAUACAUAAUCGAGGAUUUUUAAUUUUUGGAGGGAUGUCGCAGCUAGAGACCUGUACGUAACCCGAAUCCGAUUCGACUGUCAGAAUGCCGACCCUUUUAGAUUAAAAACAGGUUAUCAAUACCGUCAUCUAUAACGAAGUGUAUAACACAUUUCAUAAGCUACAGGGCUAUUGCGAGGUUCUCACACUCUGCAUACACUGUAAAUCGACAUCGAUUUUCUACAUUAUUGGAAAUUAUUUAUAGAAAAUCCUCAGGGAUUUUAUAUAUGGACUUUUCGAAAAUCAAAAAGUCGGAUUAUUUUCUACUUUCUAGAAAAUCGCUGAGGAUUUUCUAGAUGAGGAAGAACAAUUUGAGUGAG